GGUAGCAUUGACUUACGAAGGCAAUUGUGUGAGGCAAUCUCGAUUACUCACUGGAAAGAACAACUAGUGGCGUCGGACAUAAUUUCUAAAUACGUUCACCAGUACGGAAUUAUGCGUUAUUCAAAACCACAUUUCCCGAUUCAACUGAUCAAUGAAAAAAGAAACUUUCAAUGGAAAGACUUCGAAAGAGAAAUGUCUAAACGACUGACUUUCACAGCCUGGAUGGACUACGGUUAUGAGGAUCAGCAGAGCAUGUGUGUAUCUAUUUCUACCAGAGGGGAUACUUUCAGUAACUGGGUAUACAGUAGCUGCUUUACGUGGUAUUCCAUCUGCCUAGAUUCCAUCGAAAAGGAGGUGGAAACGGAACAACAGCCUACACGUAUACCUGAAUCAAGUGACGUAAACGUGACGAGUCCGGACGUCUUUGACCGCCUGUUCCGGUGUACCCAGACAGGGGAGUACAUCCUGUCCUACUUUGUGUGUAACCAUCAUCCGGAUUGUUUGGAUCAAUCAGACGAAAGUCAAGCAUGCCAGACGUCCACUAGCGAGACUAACGUGGUAAACUUCCGAUGUGACAAUGGAAAAUACAUCUCGUUGAACUUGGUGUGUGAUUUUUACCAGGAUUGUUAUGACGGAUCGGAGGAGCGUAACUGUUAUGACCUCAUCAGUGUACAACCUACUUCUAAUCAAAAUGAAGUUAAGUCGACUUGUUUGUCGGGUCAGUGGACAUGCCAUAACGGCCAAUGCAUCGCCGGUUAUGACGUCUGCGAUAGUGAGAAGGAGUGUGCGGACGGAUCGGACGAAUGGUCAACAACAUGUAACGGUCAUUCUAAGCAGAUACAGACCGUAUGGCCAUGUCCAUCCAAGAGACAUGUUCCUUUAUACAGAAUGUGUGACAGGAUUCCUGAUUGUUAUGACGGAAGUGAUGAGAAGGAGAAGGACUGUUACCUUGGAAACCCAACAUAUUCCUGCUCGACCCAUUGUCACGAGCGAAUGUGUAAUGAUACUUUGGUAAGAGUGCACCUUGCAAGCAAUGGUUAUGAAGCUGUCCACUGCUCAUACAGAGAUGACGUAGCACUGAUGACCUGGCCGUUCUCUGCUUUAAUCGGUACGAUGGCAGAACAGGAAAACUGCUAUUUCAGUACGAGAGACACCGGGUAUACAACCAUCAUGCUGAUUAACGAACAACCUGUCUCUGUCCAAUACAAAAGUGAACACAUCCUCGAAGCUCUAAUCAAACAUUCACGGGAUUGUUACCAACUAGUGGAGCUUUGCUACCUACCGUUCUACUACCAGCAAGUAUAUAUCCAGUUCUCUAGCGAGUGGGACGGGAGACACAUGCAAAACUUAACCUACUGUGGAAAUGUCGGAAGCAUCUGUGAGCCUUUAGGCUGUUAUCAAGAUCCACCAGUACAUCAUCCAGUCUGCCAAGGGACGCGCACAUUUAUGAAUAGUUCGAAUGUACCUAUCCGCUGGAUCAAACUACAAGGGGACGACGAAUCUAGACCUGUACUACGCAUUACCCCACCCGUGUGCACGGAAGAUAAAACUUUAAUCGACCCAAAAUACUUGGAGCCGCAGCGACUGUGUCAGAAUGGAAUGAGUUAUUAUCCUCAUCAUCGCUGUUUGAUGGACUUUGACGUCACUGGUGAGCCGAGUACCUGCAGAGAUCUGACACAUCUACAAAAUUGUGAAAAAAUUUCUUGCCCAGAAAACUUCAUGAAAUGCCCAGACUCCUACUGCCUUCAUGUCAGGUUUCUGUGUGAUGGCGUACCGCACUGUCCAAACAACGAAGACGAACAACUUUGUAUUUGUCAAGUUGUGAUUUACCGAAAGAGUCGGACCCACAUGACACUGAGGAGGAUGACUAACAAACAGGACAGAGACAUCGCUGUGGCACGAGCACUCACUGCAGUUGUCGCUACCGACUUUUUCUGCUGGUUUCCUAUUGGUGUCCUUGGAAUAUGGACGUCACUGGGAGGUAGUGUGUCGGGUGAUGUCUACGCCUGGGUGAUGGUCUUUGUCCUACCAAUCAACUCGGCUCUCAACCCCUUUCUCUACACAUUUGCAAAUACAUGGAAAAAGAGAAAACUCCAAAUGCAGCAAAACUCGAGCUACAAAGGCGCGAAAUCCGAGACUGAAAUGACCAAUGUUGUUUUGGAAAUGUUGAAAACAUUCCGCCACAAGAAAGGGAGUAAGCCGCUGACGGAAUUUCUUUGUAACUCUGGAGAGUUACGUGUGAGGGACGCUUUCAACAUCAUUCAGAGUUUGUCAGAAAGUUUAGUCUACCUUCACAGCCACAAUCUGGUCCAUGGAAACAUUUCUGCUGAAUCCGUACAGAUUUCUUCAAAGAACGAUAGAGUGACAGACGCAAUAUUUUCAAUGGAUCAUCAUCAAGUCUCCCGAGACUUCGAACAAUUCAAUGAUAUGUACGACUUUGGUAUGAUAGUGAAGAUCCUGCUGAGGAAAAUCAGGCUACCGUGAAUACAAUCACGUGUGUCUAAGAGUGUCAAUGAGCAAACUUCAUUGACAUACAUAAAUCCUUUGACACGUAAUGAGUUUUGUUGGUGAAUGCUUUGUGGACCUAACGGAAUUAGGAAACAUAUGUUCACGAUUGUUCUGUGUUUGGAAAUCUCGCGAAUGUUUGCGGCAAACUGAGUACAUAGUACGCGGGCGGACAAAAGAACGCUUCAAACAUUCACCCUACUGAACAUCCCUCAGGUUUCCGGAAAGCUCCUUUGGGCUUCUUUUGUAAGCACAUCGGUAAUGUGGAUGUUCUCACAUAAUUUUAAUUUUCAAUAGAAAAAAAGUUGCACGAAAAUUUAAGGUGAUAGUGAUAUACAUAAAAGGUUCUAAUCCGACACCCAUUGGAACACCAUACCGGUUUGUGAGAAAUUGUUCAUGAUCGUGUGGCUUUAUCAUAAUACGCACGCGCUGAUAUCUAAAUUCCUUUGCUUGAUGUAUAAAAUGUACGACAUGAUUAUAUUUGUGAAAGUUGAUUGAUGAAUGAUCCAUAAAGAUGGAAAAGAAGAAAUAUUGACGUUUAGAUUAUCACCUUGGUCAGCUUAAGGACAGGUUAACGAAUGAUCAUAUUGAUGUCAUCACGUACGCCGAUUCAUCUUACAUCAUGUUGACCAGAUUAGUUAAUGGUUCCAGCAUUUAUGAGAAGCAUGAACUUAAUUUACUUGUCUUUACUGUGUGUAGUGUGUAUUAUGUAAGUCCAUGUUUAAGAUGUGGCCAAUACUUAGUUCUGUAUGAAAGUCAUUGUUCGUGUAGUGUCUUUACUGUGUGUAGGGUGUAUUAUGUAAGUCCAUGUUUAAGAUGUGGCUAAUACUUAGUUCUGUAUGAAAGUCAUUGUUCGUGUAGUGUCUUUUAUGGAUAUUUUAAAGUUUGUUACGUCAUGACAUUUUUACACAUAUUUAAUAUAUACAUUAAUUUAAUGAAACUAAUUAAUCGUUAGCCUAUAUAUUUAAGGUGUAUCUAAUGUUGGAGUGCUUUUUUAAAGUCAAUUAAAUUCAUGUGAAGUAAAUAUUUUUUGGAAUUAUUUCGUAAGUUUUUUUCUGUUAUGCUAAAGUGCCUGAUAAAUGAAUAUUAAUUAAACAAGGUUUAUAUAUAUAUAAUUUCUUGUUAUCUGUACUUUUAUGAACUAAACUUUAAAUAUUACACAUAAUAAGGGCUAUUGUUCGACACUCAACAUUCAGGGUCACCUGGCCAAUAUAAAUUUCUACCUGUAUACCAUAAAGAGUAUCCAAUGAUACCAAACAGAGAUAAUAUUUCACUGAUCACGUGAUGGUCCUUACAUAGAUUUUUUUUUAAUUUUAGUUAUGGUGAGGUGUUAUUUGGCUAUAUUCUAUUUAAAAUCUGUCUGAUUAAGAACUUAGGUAUAUGGUAUAUGUCAAGUUCCAUUUUUACAUGUUUGAUUUAUUUCUAAAUGUACUACUAUAGAAUGUUGUGAAAGUUAUUAUUCAGUACAAAUUCGAAAUCUAGGUACUAUUAAGACUAGUUCUAUUUUUAAUAAAUCUGAGUGAAUAUGCGCAUCUGUUUUUAAAUUAUGCAUAAAGUGUAUAUGAAUUACAAUUGUAUUGUUGACUUAUACAAGUAUUUUAAUUGCUAUGUUUUAUAAAAGGCAGAUAUUAUUUAAAGCAAAUAAUUUAUUACAUUCCUCGAAGAACGAAUAGAAUAGGCAAAUAGAGCUCAAUUAAAGAAAAAAAAAUAUGAACUAGUAAGAAUUAUGCAAUUUGAAUUUAUAAGAUUAUCACUGACUAUACGAAUGCAUAGGAGAUCUUAGCAAAAUUGUCGAAUAUUUUUGUAUUUAAGUUACAUGUAUUUCACUAUAUUAGAUAUACGAUUUCAGAAGAAUUAGGCAAAUUCAAUUACACUAGAUAUUAUUACUCAAGAAACACCCGUUGCCUUACACAUUACACUUUAAUCCUACAUCUAGAUUGAUGUAACUGUUGGUUAGUAUUGACUUCAUACUUUCUGUGAUAAUAUUUACUUUGUCGGCAAUCUCCUCCUACAUUUUUCGACCGAUCUCUUUGAA